ACCUAUUCCUGCGUCGGCGUCUAUCAGAACGGCAAAGUCGAGAUCGUCGCCAACUCUGAAGGCAACAAGACGACGCCUUCCUACGUCGCCUUCACCGACACCGAAAGACUCGUCGGAGACGCCGCUCUGCGACCAGGCCGCCAGAAACCCGGAGAACACCGUCUUCGACGCCCAAACGACUCAUCGGCCGUCGGUUCGACCGAAUCCAGCAGUCCAGGCCGACCUCAGACAUCUUCCGUUCGCUGCGACUACAGCCGCGCCGGCAGAGCUAGUCAUCCAAGCCGAAGUCAAAGGGCGAACGGAGCGACCUUCAACCCCGAGGAGAUCCAGUGCGAUGGUGCUCUCGGCAAGAUGAAGGAGAGACUGCGGAGACGUGCUGGGCCAUCAAGUCCGCGACGCCGUCAUCCCACAGUCCCUCGCCUACUUCAACGACAGCCAGAGACAGGCCACCAAAGGACGCUGCCACGAUCGCCGGCCCUCAGCGCCAUCCGAAUCAUCAACGAGCCGACUGCCGCCGCUCUGCGCCUAUCGGCCUCGACACAGAACCUCGUCGGCGAGAACGUCCUACAUCUUCGACCUCGGUGGAGUGCGCCUUCGACGUCUCCGUCCUCACCAUCGCCGAAGGAUCUCUCUUCGAAGUCAAGUCUACGGCUGGAGACACUCAUCUCGGAGGAGAAGACUUUGACCAGCGGAUGGUCGACUCGCCGCUGCCGAGUUCAAACGCAAGACCGGCAGGACAUCAGCAAGAACCGCAGAGCGAUGCGACGUCUCGAAACCGCCUGCGAACGUGCCAAGAGGACGUUGAGCAGCUCCGCCGAAAACCAUGGUCGAAGUGGACUCUCUCUCCAUGAAAGGCGUCGACCUCUGCUCCAAGAUCACUCGUGCUCGUUUUGAAGAGCUUCCUGCUCCGACCUCUUCCGCAAGACUCUGGAGCCGGUGGAAGGCUCUUCGCGACGCCAAGCUCGACAAGUCCAAGAUCGAUGAAGUCGUGCUCGUUGGAGGCUCGACUCGUGUGCCGAAGAUCCAGAAGCUGCUCAAGGAGUUCUUCAGCGGCAAAGGAGCUCAACGGUUCCAUCAAUCCUGACGAAGCCGUCGCCUACGGAGCAGCCGUCCAAGCCGCAGUCCUCUGGAGUCCAGGACCAGGCCAUCAAAGACGUCCUUCUUGUCGACGUCGCUCCUCUCAGCCUCGGCAUCGAAAACUGCUGGAGGCGUCACGACUAACCUCACUCGACCGCAACUCUACGAUUCCCUGCCGUGCCACGAAGACCUUCUCUACCUACGCCGACAACCAGCCAGGCGUUUUCGAUCCAAGUCUUCGAAGGAGAGCGCGCCAUGACUCGCGACAACCACCGGCUGGGCCUCGAGCUCUCCGAGCAUUCCUCCAGCUCCUCGCGGAGUCCCGCAGAUCGACGUCACCUUCGACAUCGACGCCAACGGCAUCCUGAACGUCUCCGCCCAGGACAAGUCGACCGGCAGCAGAACCGAAUCACGAUCGCAACGAGAAGGCUGUUCCUCCCAGGCCGACAUCGACCGUCCUGUCGCCGAGGCCAAGCGAGUGCCUGAGCGAGAAGACGUGUCGCAACGCGCGAACGAGUCCAAGCCUGCGCAACUCGCCUCGAGGCCCAGCGCCUUCCAGGUGAAGCUUGCAGGCCCUGGACGAUGCACGGCAGCCGGUUGCCGGCCGAUGACGUGAGUCGCGUCCGCGCGACGCUUGCGAGGAGAUCGCUCCCGCUGGCUCGACGCCAACAGCCUCGCCGGAACGCGAAGAGAUCGAGUGCUCGCGACAAGCGAACCUCAGCGGCGUCUGUCAGUCGCCAUGGCGACGCAGCUCCACCAGCAAGUCGUCGCAGCAGUCGCAGGGCUCCUGCGGACUCCUGCGGCGCCGCCGGCUUCCUCCAACGCCAACUACCUCCUGCUGGACCGACCGUCGAGGGAGUGGGUCGACCUUAACUUGCUAA